CCAUGAAUCACAAUAGGGAAGCCAGUAUCCCGCCUGUGAGCUACUUUAUCCGGCCUUUGGACCUAAUGAUUGAAACUCGUGACCGAAAUCUUAUCGGAACCCAAAGGGGAGCCAAUAUUUACAUGUACGGUGGGGCAGGGCAAACGCCUGGUCAAUCGGCUCUCACAGUUCGUACGACUCCUGGCCUUUGGACUGGACUCAGGUCAUGAGCUUUUCCCGAGAGCGGUAUUAAAGUUCCGGUGGGAAACAAAAUGUGGCGAUCUUUUGGACUCCUGUGUAUCUUCUUGGCCCUUUUACCCCUAGCCAGGGCCGGUAAGGUUCGGGAUGCCAACGGAGGAACGAACUGUGCAGUAUGCACAGUGUUGGUGGGGAUUGUGGAGCAGUUGGCUCAAGUGUACGACGAAGGAGCAGUGGACGCUUUGGAACGAUUAUGCUCCUUUUUACCAGAGCAACUGCAGGCCCCAUGCCGAGCAGGCGCGGAGGUUUUUGCUCCUUACAUAGCAGAAGCGAUUUAUAACAAGGAGACCCCAGACGUAGUGUGCCAUGCCAUUGGUUUCUGUAAGGUUGAUCCUGGUCACCAGGCCUGUCAUAUCUUCCCACCACCAAAGGAAGGUAUGGAGGCAGCACUGAGGAGAAUUCAACCUAUGUACCAGGAUGCAAAGAAAAUGCGGGAGGGACGUGGAUUCGCAGACAUCUGUGAUAUACCAGGAAUAAAGGAGAUCUGCGAUAUCUUUGACAGAGCAUUCUCCUCACAUCUCCCUGCUGAGGACCUGGACAAAGAUGGAUUCAGCACCAUGAAGACGUUCAGGGGAAGCUCCUGGCGUGGGAAAGAUUGUAAUGACCUUGACUCCAGGCAUCAUCCAGGAGCAAGACCAGUUGAUGGUGAUAAGCUGACAGACUCCAACUGUAAUGGCAUAUUUGGUUUGGAUUCUGAAACAGGCUUGCCCUAUGAGGAUGUUCUUUGUAAUGGAACAGAGCCCAGGGGUAUGAUACUGUUGGGAGACUCCAUCGGAGCACACUUCCACCUGCCCCCACAGUGGUUUGAGGCUAAGAGUUUGAAUCCAUCUGUCUUCAAAGACUUGAUCUUCAUCCUAGAGAAUGAAAUUGACUGGCCUGAACUUUCCACAGCUACAGGACACAUGAACAACACUUUUGGAGAGGUCAUCAAAGGACCUGUGGACUCCAUCUAUAUGAGACUACGUGAACGAAACCGCUGUAACCACAGGGACUACCAGAAUCUAGGUGUGAAUGGUGGGAGAUCUGGGAGUAUGAAUAGCACAAUUGUAAGAAGUUUGGUAAGAAAUCGGAUAUCUGAUUACCCAGCGAUAGUCAACAUUGAGCUGGUGGGAAAUGAUGUGUGCAAUGGGCACCCGGACACCCUGUCUCACAUGACUAAACCCAAAGACUUCAGAAAAUAUAUGCUGGAUACAUUGCAGUACUUGGAUGGUGUUCUCCCUGAAGGCAGCCAUGUUUGGCUCACAAGCUUGGCCAAUGGCAGCCUGCUCUAUGCCAACGUGCACGACAGGAUCCAUCCACUAGGAAGUCUCAGAAAUGAUGUAACUUACAGGGAUAUGUACACCUUCUUGAACUGUCUGGAGAUCUCCCCUUGUACUGGCUGGUUGAAUGCUAACUCUACCCUCCGAUACCUGACAACCCAAAGAGCUUUUGAGCUGAACGAUGUGCUGAAAAACAUCACGGCCACUUCUCUGUACAAGAACUUCAAGCUGAUAUACCAGGAUAUCCCCAUAGAUGCAGUGAUCGCCAAGUGGGAAGCACAAGGGGGACAUGGAUGGGAGUUAAUUGAACCCGUUGAUGGCUUUCAUAUCAAUCAGUUGGCAAAUGCCCUUUCUGCGGAUUACAUUUGGGAGUGGAUGGAAAAGGAACACCCUGAAUUGCUGGGGAAGGUCAACCUAAACAACGACAGAAUCAAGCAACUUUUUGGAGACCAGGGUGGAUACUGAACAAGAUUAUAUCUGAUGGAGUAGACAAUGGCAUAUUGAUCAAGUGAUACUGUAGUAUUAUGACCAGGCUAUUUCAAGCCUGGAAGUUCCUAUGGCAAUUGGCUAUACAGCAAUAAUGUCAUAAGCAUGAUC